CUUGUCCAGUCGAGUCUUUGCGUUCGUUCGCGGACGCCGUUUGCCGGUCCCCCCCGCCACCAUCAAUUCGAGAGGGUCGAUUCCCGAUUCGAAAGAAAAAAAAUAAGAAUUUCACCCUGGAAUUUUGUUUUUGUCAAAGGGUUUUUUUUCUUUUUCCUGUGCGGGGGGAAAGUGUGUACUACUCGUCAAGAAAAUCUAUUUCUGCCCGCCACCCUCGCAUAGUUGUAAUAAAGUGAGACUCCAGUGCUCUGCUCUGCUCCCCGAUGGAUUACUUUUGAAAGGGUGGAGAGAAAUUUCAGCGAGAGUCUUUGAGAGAGACAAAGAUGGUGAUCCUGUGGACCAAUUUGGAAGGAGAGAAGGUCGAGCCGAGCCCGACGGCCCAGAGGCCAGCCUCCGAACAUGGUGGACGAAGUAAUAACGGCGGCCAACUCAGCUUGAAGCGUCGUGUCCAGGUGGCUUUGAAACCGUCGCUUCCGUCGCUCUUCUUGCCCCUCGUCAAACCCAACAACAACAGCAGCUCAGACAGCAGCAACAACGGUCGUGUGGUCACGUACAGUCCCGGUCCCACCACCGAUAGCGUCAGUUUGCCCAGUUCGCUGGACAGUUCGCCCACGUUAGCCGAUGAUGAUCCACUUCGUUUAGUCGUGAUCCGAUUGGGAGAUUUAUCGCCCGACUCUGGCGUUGUCAUCCAAUUCGAACCGACUCCCUCGCCAUCCGUCGCGUUCGAUCCUGUCAGGCCGACGACGUUACCGGCCCAGCGAGCUCAACCACCCAAAACAUUACCCAUCAUUUAUGGGAAGACGCAGUGUCAGAGUUGCAAGAAGAAAUGCUCGGGUGAGGUGCUGCGCGUCCAGGACAAGUACUUCCACAUCGCGUGCUUCAAAUGUCGCGUCUGUCAGACGUCGCUGGCCCAGGGUGGAUUCUUCUGCAAGGACGGCGAGUAUUAUUGCACGCGGGACUAUCAGGAUCGCUUCGGCACCAAGUGCUCCCAUUGCGGACGAUUCGUCGAAGGGGAAGUGGUCACCGCUCUGGGGAAGACGUACCACAGCAGCUGCUUCACUUGCGCCCGUUGCAGGCAACCGUUCCCGUCCGGGGAACGAGUGACCUUUACAGGCAAAGAAGUGCUGUGUCCGAAAUGUGUCCAGAUUCCCGUCAUGACGGCCACACCAUCGCCGCCAAUGAAACCCGCCCGAUCCAGCCCGACGCCCAGUUCGCCAGCUUCGAAUGGUGGCGCCAACACGCCAUCAUCAACCACGCAAUGCACCGGCUGCUCCAAGGAAAUCGUUGAAGGCCAGGCCCUGAUUGCGCUCGACUCGCAGUGGCACGUCUGGUGUUUCAAGUGUGUUACUUGCAACACCCUCUUGCACGGAGAGUACAUGGGAAAGGAUGGACUCCCGUACUGCGAGAAAGAUUAUCAGCGUCAGUUUGGCGUCAAAUGCGACCACUGCGAGCGCUUUAUCGCCGGCAAAGUCCUUCAGGCCGGAGAUAACCAUCACUUUCAUCCGACCUGUGCCCGUUGUUCGAAAUGCGGCGAUCCUUUCGGCGAUGGGGAGGAAAUGUUUCUCCAGGGAUCGGCCAUUUGGCAUCCGAGAUGUGGGCCAGGCCCUGGCCAAAACACCAACGGAAACAUCACACUGUAUUUGAACGGAGCUAAUCAAAGCCAAGGACAUGACGAUAAAGACGACCGUUUCAGUUCCACGGCCGGAAGCGAAUUUCAAUUUUCCAUGAGAUCCAGGACCCCUAGUGUCAAUGGUUCCGUUUGUCCCAGUCCCUAUGGUAGCAUGCAUAAAAAGCUCUCUUCAGCCCGAACAUUAAGUCCUGGACUGAUCCUGCGCGAUUACGGCAAGAGGAGUCCAGCACCACCUGAAGACAUCACUCGCUUGUACACUUACAGUUACUUGACGGAAGAGCCUACCAUGGGCUACUUGCGGAAACCAAUCGAUCCUUACGACCGGCCACCGAAAUCGCCACAUUUCCACCGGCCUCAAAUUGGCGGUCUGAGCAAUAAGAGAAGCAGUCUGCCGUACAGGUUGAACCACAAUAAACCGGGCAUGAAGGCGCUACUGGACCAAAUGGAAAGGGAGACUCCCCGACCGAAAUCUCCUCACAUGAAUAACGAAGAACCCAUCGAGUUGGCUCACUUCCCCAACGCUGACCGGCCAAGACCGGGUGACCCACCACGUAUUGAGCGUGACGACUUUCCGGCCCCGCCUUAUCCAUACACGGAUCCGGAGCGUCGUCGUCGCUGGUCUGAAUCCUCGAAAAGGAUUUCGGUUUCCGAUGUCAACGACUAUGACGACCGCAAAUACGAACGCAGAGACGUCGUCGACGGGGAAAAUGAUGAACACACGCCCGACGAUCCCAAGAUCAAAAAAAGCGAAGCGGAAUUGUCCAAAAUCGCCACGGGGAUCGGCAAAGUCUUUUUGCACAACCUGAAGGAACGUGAGAAAUUCAGACAGUGGAAAAUGAGCCAUUUGGAUCCACGCAACGCUUCACGAACUCCUUCCGCAAACAAGGAGCCGCCGUUGCGUUUGCGCUACGAGAGUCCAAUCAACGCAUCGCCUUCACGUUUCAAGGAUCACCCGCGACCUUUCGAUUACGAGGAACCCGAGCUGGACAGGCAAUCCACCCAUCGCUCGUCUCUCGGUCGAUCCAUCGGCACUCUGCCUACCUACAACGUCGUGUCAUCAUCCCGCAGCCCACCCCGGCCUGGCUACACAUUGAAGUCGUCAACAUUGCCCGUCAACGGUCGUCAAAAUGGCGGAGAUUAUUUGGGAGAUUACGCGUUGGGAGGAGGACUUGCUGAACAGUCACAACACACGGAUUUCGGAUCAAACAAAUCCGACAUUUCAGCCGUUUCGUUGACGGAAUCUGACCGCCGAGCCUUAGCACCUGACCUGCGGAGUAGCAACACGUACAGCAGCCAUUUAGGUGGCGGUGGAGUCUCUUCCAACACGCCGCGUCCGCACUCGCAACAGGGCUUCCGGCCCAUGUUGAUGCCCGUCACGACCACUAGCAGUCACGCUCUUCCGCCUCAAUCGGCUCCCUUCCGCGCCCACACUCAUCUGCGGCGCUCGCUGCCCAACAUGUCGGCCGCCGCUUUAGCCGCCCAGCAAGCCCUAUCCAACGAGCCACCGAAAAUCUAUCCAGCUCAUUUGCUCUUCACAACCAACUACAGACUUCCGGUCGACGUCGACCGCUGUCAGUUGGAGCGUCACUUGUCGGACACGGAAUUUGAAGCCAUUUUCCAGAUGACGCGCUCCGACUUCUACCGCAUCCCGCCCUGGAAGCGCAAUGAAAUCAAGAAACGCUUCCGGCUGUUCUAGGACAAAAACUAAUUUACGCGGGAUUGCCCCAGCAGCUGAAGAAUUCUUCAGCUACAGACAACAUCAACAACAACACCACAAAGGAUUCGACGGAAUUUGUUAUAUUUUGUUUCCCUUUUUUUCUUGUUUAACGGGGUGGGGUGGGGUGGGAGGGAAUGACAGUUGGAUACUCUAUUGAGUAGAAACUUUGCAGCUUUGUUUGCGCUUUCGUCUAAAAAGUAGGCGAACGAAAGAUAUUUUCAUUGGCAUUAUUAUUAUUAACGUACCCGAAGCUAUUAGAGCUUCAAUCAAAACAAUCGGGGAUAGGCAGACUCUUUGAAACUAUAUGUAAAAAAAAAGCAAAAAAAGUGAAACUCUAAACCAGUUUCUCGUCUAUUUUGAAGAAGAAAAAGAAAAGAGUUGCGUAGAACCCGAUGAUAUUGAACACACCCAGUCGGAACUGGUUUCAACCAGUUUAGUACAUAAUGAAUAACGAUCAAGUGGAACGACUUGUCUGCGAUUGCAUACGGACAGCCUUGAGAAUGAUUUUUUUUUUAAUUAUUAUUAUUCGUCCGAUUUAAAGUGAAGAAAACAAAAAUCAUUGGCAAUUAUUUCCUAUUGGGCACGUAAAUUUGGGCGGGAUUUAAAAUAAAAACCGUAAAAUGGCACUUGAUUUUUCGAGAGGGUGGGAUAUACUAGAGCAGCAUCCGUUUCUCUAAAAAAAUAUAAGUAGAUUGAAUUAUAUUUUGCUAUAGAGCUAUCAAAUUAUUGUUUCUUUUCUUUCUUUCUUCUUCUCCCUCUGAACGGAAUAAUCCUCGACAAAAAGUUUUUUCCCCCCCCCACAAUAUUAUUUGCUGAAAUACCUGGGUCACAUGUAUCACACGAGGUAGCUUUGAAUUUCCGAUUGGGUUUUGGUAUUUCAAGAGCAAUCAAGUUGUUUCCAAAUCUCUACUUUCUUCUUGUAAACAAUCUUUUUCAAGUGGGCAGCUUUAUAAACAUCACAAGAAACUAACAGGCAGCAGGUGCUCCCAAAUAUGAAGUGAAAAAAAAAAGAUUUAUUAAAAAAAAAUACCAUUCAAUCGCAGAAUGGACGAGAGAUGUGUCUGGUUUUCUUCUAUUUCGAGGGACGUCACUCUUUUUUCGUAUUUAAAAAAAUUGCCCUUAACGUCUACUAAAAAAUAGCAUUUUUGGCAUUUCACUUUCCUCCAUCUAAUGUUCUUCAUCUCUAUAAUAACACACCAAACUGUUGUGACUUACUUUUGGAUUCUCCCUUGUCUGUGUCCUAGUCGCUUCUGGAUUGCAAAAAAAAAAGAUUCAUUUAUUUAAAGCAACAAAAAAAAAAGGUAAUUUUACUCUCUACCGAAACCCAAACACUUUUUUGAAAUACAUGUAAUCGACUUCA